AUGGUAGUGUCCCUUCCUCUCCCCAUCACCAUCACCAUCACCAUCACCAUCCCCAUCCCCCAUCCUCCAUCCCCCGUCUUCAUCCUGGGCGUCAACUUCAACGAGAACAAGCUGGUCAAAAAGGCGCUCGAGUCGUUCUACGCGCUGGGACCGCAGACGUCGGCGCGCGUCAUGGCCAAGUACUACAUCCACGCGCGGGCCAAGGUCGGCACGCUGGCGCCCAAGACGGUGACGGCGCUGACGGCCGAGCUGUCGACCAUGACCAUCGAGAACGAGGCCCGCAAGAUCGUGCUCGACAACAUCAAGCGCCUGCGCGACAUCGGCACGUACCGCGGCCGCCGCCACGCCAUGGGCCUCCCCGUGCGCGGCCAGCAGACGCGGAACCAGAUCUCAAACGCCAGGAAGCUCAACAAGAUCGAGCGCAAGGGUUGA